AUGUUGGAAAUCGAUGGAGUCGCUUAUAAACUUGUUGACACUCCAGGAAUCUUUGAUACACAAAGGCUUACGGACGAAAUUCUCAUGGAAAUUGCCAGAACAAUUCAUAAAUGUGCUUACGGUGUCAAAGCUAUCCUUUUUGUUUUUGAAGCAAGGCGGUUUACCGAGGAGCAAAAGAAUGUCUUGCAAAAUAUAAAUUUAUUUCUUGGGGAAGGCGCAAUGGAUUAUAUCAUUGCUAUUUUUUCUCAUGCGACCAAAAAGCAGAAUGCCAGUAGGGAUGAAAUGCGAAAUGAUUGGAAUUUGACUGUUUCAUCUUUCAUCAGAAAAAUAGAUAACCGCUGGGGAAUAUCCCCAAAUUCUGACUAUUAUCCCCCAGAUGAUCUAGUGCAUAAAGCCCGGUUAGGAGAAAUUAAAGCAUUUAUCUCCGGUACACGAGGUGUCUAUACUACAGAAGCGUUUAAAUCCGCUCGACGAGAGCAAGAGAAAAUUCAGCGUAUAAAGAAACAGGAAGAAGAACAAGCAAAAAAGCAAUAUGAAGAAAAUUUAAUAAUAAAAGGGAGAGAAGAAGCCGAAAGAGAGUAUAAUAAAAACAUGGCUGAAAUUAAUCAAAAUUCUUCGAAUUCUUUGAAUUCUUUGAAAAGUACUAUCGCAGAACUGCAGUCACAAAUUGAAGAGUUGAAAAAAAAUCAGGACUGUUUUGCUCUUGAUACAAAGGUGCAACUCGCAAGCGGUAAAGUGAUAGAGAUGGCAGAACUCCAAGUUGGUGAUCUUGUUUUCAGCAAUGUUAGAAAUAACAAACCCGAGUUUUCUGAAGUUUACUUGAUAUCUCAUCUGGGCCAUUACGAUUAUCCUCUUAAAAUGAUAAAAAUUGAAUUCACAAAUCCCGAUGGAAGUAAAGGCCAAAUUCGCAUGACAUCUACGCAUUGCAUUUUCCGUAGUGAUUUAUCGAUCUUGUAUGCUCAAGAUGUGGUGCCUGGCGAGACCAAAAUUCUGGUUUUGGAUAGAGCGAAUGAACUUAUUCCUGUCACUGUCGAUAGUCUGGUCAUUGAACAAGACACUGGCUACAUCAGUUUCUAUACACGUGCUGGCACCGUGAUUGCCAAUAACAUUUUAUGUUCGUGCUAUGACGAUUGCCCACCAUCACAAUUUUUAAUGGACCUGGCGUUCGCACCAAUUCGGUUAUGGACUAAAGUAUUUCCCUCUACCCAUCGUCAGAAAGAACUUCACCCAUACGUGCAAAUCCUGGAAACCGCCUAUGUCACUUGGUGCAAAGCGUUAGAUAUUUCCAAAAGAAUUAAAAUGACUUGA